AUGCGUCAAUCAGUCUUUGCUCUUGCGGCUCUGUCUUUAUGGCAGGGUUGCACUGCUCAAGGUCCCAAAGAGACUCUAAUCCCAUAUCAUCCAGCAGAUCUGGGACUUGUGAGAAGAGAUGCACCACCUAUGAUAACUCUUCAAGAUGAAGUCAGUCUUAUCUGGGGAUCACCAAAUGGUUCAACAUUUGUCAAUGUAACCCUUAACACAGGCGAGACCGAACUUGUCAUCUCCACCGAACACUUUGCCAGCAGUCUCAUAGACGUACAAUGCACAGGUGACCUAUCUCUUACUUUCAAAGACAAUGCCACCUUCCAAGAUGCCAUUGCAGAUUGGUCUUGGGUUAAUUUCCACGAGAACCGCACAUUCUUUAUUAUUAACAACUGGGGUUCUUGCGCUGCCGCUUCAGAAUCUGGUAGACAGCCAUGGAUUGUUCACGGAGUCGAUGUUUAUGAUGAACAAAACUUCAUCGUCAACUUCAAUGCUACCCUUGCAGACUGGGAUGAUGUUAUGUCUGAAGCUGUUAUUGAAUUCGGAUCUAUGCCAUCUACUUCAACCAAGAGAGAUGACACUGUUAGCAAAUCCUUAUCUCUCAGUUUAGCCCACACUCUUCCCCAGACUUUCUUCAGCAAAACUACUAAUAAUGGACUCGACUUCUCCAUUAACUGCCCAGGUUGUGCUACCACUGGUUCCAUGAAUGUUCAAGGAAAGAUUGUUAUGAAUACCAACUUCAUUGGUCUUCCUACUAGUGUAAAGUCUGUCUCUAUCAACGCUACUCCACAAGGUGUAGGUGCCAACUUGGCUCUUGGAUUUACGGUAUCCGGUACAUUGGGUAGCGGUUGGUCAAAAGACUGGAACUUGAUCACUGUUGGUCUUCCAGGAUGGUCCAUUCCAAAGAUCAUCGAUUUGGGUCCACAAUUCAGUGUUGAUGCUGGUUUCAGUCUCAGCGGUGUUGAAGGAAAUGCUGAUAUUAGCGCUGGUAUCAACGUUGCCAUUCCAGAUUCCUCUUCUGCUGUUCUCGGUAUCAGUGGUAUUGAUUCUAGCUACAACGGUUGGAUCCCAACUGUUACUCCUCAAACUCCCAAGGUCGACGUGGAGGUUGAUGGAAACUUGGAAUUGUUCACCUCACUUGGUCUUGAUAUUGGACUUACUGUUCUCGGCAAGUAUGGUUUCGGAGGUGGACUAUUCCUCCGAAUUCCAGAUGUCAAAAUUGAUCUUGGAGCAGAAUUUAACACUCAAGGUGCAUGCUCUGGAUCAGCCGAUGUCUUUGGUGUUAAAUUAGGUGCAACUGUCGGUGUUGAUCUUGGACUUGGUGUGUACACCGAAUCUGGCGGAGACAAGAACUGGAAGGCAAACACCACCAUCUAUUCAAACAGCAACUUGAUCACUCCUAUUGAUAAAUGUUUCCCUCUGGGUCCAACUCUUCCAGCUUCUAUCAAGGGUGUAUCUAUCAAGACUGUUGGUACUGUUCCAGUUUCUUCCUCUACUAAAGCAGUUAGUACCACACAGGCGGCUAGUACUUCAUCCAAGCCAACUAGCUCAUUAUCUUCAUCCAAGGCUUCGACUACUGCUGUCAGUCUCACUGGUAAGACUUCAGCAACAGCAUCAGGCACCCCCAUUAAAGUGUCUAGAACUAGCUUAUCUUCAUCUAUCAAGGUCUCUGGUACUGGUGUCUCAGCAAGCAAAGUAACUGGUACAGGAGUCUAUGGAUAUGGCACUGAUAAGGUAUCCGGAACUGGUUUCACAUCAAGCAAAAUUAUUGGUACUGGUCUUUCAUCAUCCAUCCAUGGAUAUGCAACUGCUCAUGCUUUUUCCUCUACCGGCAAGCUCUCCGGAACUGGCGUCUAUUCAUCCAUUUAUGAAUAUGGAAGCGCCCCAGUCUUUUCCUCGACCACCAAACUUUCAGGAACAGGAGUUUCUUCAUUUAGCAAAGUCAUUGGUACAGGUGUUUCAUCUGUUUCAUACGGUACUCACCCUGACACCACGCUUUCAUCUGUUAAAGGUGCGAGCACUUCAACUCAUCUCACUGAAGGAUAUGGUGAUUUUACUACUUCGGUUGCCAAGUCUUCCGACACCGCUGUGAUUAGGAGCUCUCUGUAUAUCUCUGCUUCGGGAGUUAGCUCAGUCAAGACCGCCAUCGCUUCAUCUAGCACCUCAUCUGUUCUCGGACUUGAGACCAGCAAAUCCUCCUCUUCUUCAACUAAGGCAACCACAACAGCUGGGGGUCCAGCCUACGGAUAUGCCACCUCUUCCGCUCUUGGCCUCGAGACGACCAAAGCUUCUUCCACUGCAGCCUCAACUACCAAGGUCUCCAGCACGAUAGUAGAAAGCUCCACCUCAACAAAAGCAUCUUCAAUAGUCAUACCCACUAAAUCCGCCAUCGGUUCCAUUGCCCCAGCUCCAACUGCCACCGGUACAAUCUCCACCUGUGACAAAUGGGUCAUCAUCGAAGAUACCGCCUGCUCAUGUCAAAACAUUGAGAAAUUCUACGGUGUGAGUUCCGCUAAUCUUCUUACCUGGAACCCAGCUCUAGGAAGCGAGUGUAAAUUGACCAUUGGAGAAGCUGUCUGUAUUGGAGUCAAGGGCUCCUACAAACGCGCUGUUAGUGGUCGCCUUGCUCGAUUUAUCGAUGCUUGA